UAUAAAUUAUUUAUGUUUGCUUAUAUGAGGUCAUUAUUAUUGUAAAGCGACCGUUUAGUUGAAUUUCGGUACUGACGCAGUACCAUUUUGUUUCUUGUUGUGGUACCUGUUUCAAAUUUGUUAAAUAAGCAUUAAUUAAAAUGACAAAGACAACUAUUAUCACCUGCGGCGGGAGCUUUGCCUGCCUACUCCUGCUAGCGACGUUUUCUAGUUCGGCUCGGGCAGCAGUCGCUCAUUCGCAAUCAGCACAAAGACAACAGAGUCAGCACAACACCCAAAUCAUGGAUCCAGCAUUCGCUAGGGCCGGUCAGCAAGCCGGUUUGGAAAUUUGGAGAGUUGAGGACUUCAAACCUGUGCCUUACCCUAAAAACCAAUACGGAAAAUUCUAUUCUGGAGAUUCUUAUGUCGUACUCAACACAAAAGUCAAUAAAAGAGGAGACAAGUCUUGGGACCUACAUUUUUGGCUUGGAGCAGAAACUAGUCAGGACGAAGCUGGUUCAGCUGCAAUUUUAGCAGUGCAACUCGACGACCACUUGGGCGGAGCCCCGAUUCAGCACCGAGAAAAGCAAGACCACGAAUCUCAACUAUUUUUGUCGUACUUUAAAUCAGGUAUCCGCUAUCAACCCGGUGGAGUAGCUUCAGGAUUCCGACAUGUUGAUCGCGAAGCUGCCGAAACUAGAUUGUUCCAAGUGAAAGGAUCCAGAAAUAUUAGAGUCAAAGAGGUUGAUCCAAGUAUUGCUUCAAUGAACAAAGGCGAUUGCUUCAUUUUGGACGUUGGCAAAAAUAUUUACGUUUACGUUGGUGCUUCUUCAAAAAGAAUUGAAAAAUUGAAGGCAACAGCUGCUGCCAAUCAAAUAAGAGAUCAGGAUCACGGAGGCAAAUCAAAAGUCACCAUUGUUGAUGAGUACAGUCCUCAAUCGGACUUUGACACAUUUUUCUCUGCUUUGGGCGGUGGAUCACGUGAAGCCGUCCCUGAAGCUGCCACUGGUGGAGACGAUGCCCAAUUCGAAACGUCGGAAGAACGUGCAGCCGCUUUAUUCCGAGUCACCGAUUCUUCAGGUUCUUUACGAGUCGAACCGAUAGCUUCUCGUCCUUUGGAACAAGGCCUACUAGAAGACGGAGACGUUUUCAUUUUAGAUACCAACAAUGCAGACGUUUUCGUUUGGGUCGGACGUCGCGCUUCUCCGACCGAAAAACGCGAGUCCAUCAAAAAAGCUGACGCCUAUUUGGCUCAGCACAGACGUCCGUCUUGGACUCACGUCGAACGCAUUGCUCAGGGGGCUGAGCCAGCGGCUUUUACUCAGUAUUUCAGGUCUUGGCAAGGCACUGGCGAAGCUCGGGGUCGUCUUGUUCGCUCCGCCGACCAACCUAGACUUUUCCACGCCCUAUUACGUCCUGGAAGUACUAAAUUCCAAGUGACUGAAGUCUACGACUUUGAUCAGGAUGAUUUGAAUACUGACGACAUUAUGUUUUUGGAUGUGCCGGUGAAGAAUACUGUAUUUUUGUGGAUAGGGGCCGGGGCUGAUGCUGAAGAGAAAGAACGCAGUGGCGAAGUGGUGCAAGCCUAUCUCAAGAAAAACGGUAGAGAGGAUACCACAAUAAACACUGUCCAUCAAAACAAGGAAGAUGAAGAUUUCAAAGCUCAUUUUUCGGGCUGGAAUCCUCAAUUGUGGGAGAACCAAGUAGAUGUCAGACAGUUGGCCAAGAAUUAUGAACAGGAUUGAAUUUUUGAUGAGUUUUGAAGCUUGAAUUUUUCAAAUUUUUUAUAAAUGUUGCUUUUUUUAUUUCGUUAAUUAUUGUAUUUAUAUUUGUGAAGCUUGUUGCCUUUUUAUUUUGAAUAAAUAUAUGUAUUGAAGUUUAAUUGGA